CCCAGUGUGAGAGCAGAGGAGGAGGAGGAGGAGGAGGAGUGGAUGUCUGGAGUCUGCGGAUCUACACACCGGUAUGCGCUGUAUGGCGAGUCACAGCUCAGAGCAGCUCAGAGUGAUCGCAGACAGUUUUGAUCACAGACUGAAAGCAGAAUAAUCCGCGGGUUCUUGUUUGUUUGUUUGUUUCCCGCACACACACACACACACACAUACACCUUGUGCGUGUUGUGCGGUGCUGCUGCUGCGGAGCUGCGCUUAUUGGAGUCGCGGCUUUACGGAUGGUCGUUUCGGGGCAGGGACGGCCAGUUCCAAGUGUCCAGUUCUGCAGUGUGUGGCCGAUGAAGACGGCUGCUCGGUGUGAUGUGUAAUGGCUCCUGCGUUGAGUGCUCUGUGGGGUUCAGGGGUUGCAGGAUCGGAGAUCAGUGGUGAGCUGGCCAUAGUGAGCACACUCACGGCAUUCUGGGCCUUCCUGCUGCUCACUCUGCUGCUGGUACUGUGUGCCGGCUGUCAAGGGCAUAAAAAAGCAACCCGGCUCCCUGGAGACCAUGAGAAUCUGAUGAAUGGGGUGUCAGAAAAGGAAACCUGUAGCCAAACAGCAGAUACAGGCAGUCAUGCCACUGACCUGGUGGCCAGUAGCUCCUUCAAUGGGCCUCUGACAAGUGGUACAGUCCUUACAGACACCGUGGACACGAGCCCACACCCUUCAGAAGAUAUGCUGUCCAUCCAGUCAGAGCAUCGCUCUUCUAAAUGCCACCAGGACCGCGAGUUACCCAGCAUUCCCUGCGCCAACAGUCUGCGGGAUGCGGCCGAAGCCUCUGAAGAGUGCAGAGCUGGGGACAGCACGUACGAGGUGCUGAAGGACGGAGCCUCACAUGAUGCUGUAGAAGACUCUCCCUAUGAGACGGUAAAAGAGUUAAAGGAGGCAUGCCUCACCAACGGCACACUGACCCCUGACGAGCCUCCGACUGCCAAGCCCAACGGGCACCUGAGCCCCAGCCCUGGCACGCCCGACCUGUGCCCGCUGGCCGACGGCGCCGAGUACGCCUCCAUCGACCUUAAGAAGAAGAGCCGCUACAGUGUAGACGCCGAGGCCCAGCGCUCAGCUGUAGAGCAACCCGUAGAGGAGGAGAAUCCACCACCUAUACCCGAUAAAGUGCUGGAUGAGAAUGAUAACCAAAACAUCACUACGCUGCAGAAUGGAGAGUUAUCGGCCCUGUACUCCACUGUAGAUAAGCCAGCGAAGGAAGAGGAGAAUGAACCCGACUACAGCAGUAUCGGCGAGAUCAGGGGCAUAGUGGUGGAGUCGAGCUCCAGCGAGCUGUACGCUACGGUGAGAGACGUGUACCCCUCACCCCCUGCCGAGCAGCCUGCGGAGAACACAGACCAGGGGUACGAGACCAUUAAGAUCGCAAAGAGCGUACCGGAUGAGGGCCAGCAGGAUAACGGGCUUUUGGAGUCUGACUACGCAAAUGUUGGAGAGCUGGAGCUGAAUAGUGAGACGUCCCGUCUCUGACUGAGAGUCACACAACGCUUCAGCGAAUCUGAGCGAUGUAGCAGUGGAUCAGACGGGCUUAGUUUAGCACUUAUUUCCUCAGAAUGACGGCACUCCAGUAAAUGAAAUGAAUAUGGGGUCACUUUUGCUGUUGGUGUAGGGGUUUAGAAAAAAACUAUUCAGAUUUGUUGUGGCAUUUAAAUGUAAUGAUGUAUUUCCACAUCACAGUUCCAGCGUCCCUGGUUCGAUCCUGAGCUGGGGUUAAUGUCCGUGUGGAGUCACGUAUACAUGAAGGGUUUCCUCUGGGUUCUCUGGUUUCCUCCAACAUCCCAAAAAGGAUGCCGGUUGGUGGAUUGGCAAAGAUAAAUUGCUCCUAGCUGUGAAUGAAUGAAUGAGUGAGUGCAUGCCAGUCCAUGUACCUGUGAUCGACUGGCGUCCCAUCCAGUUUAUAUUUCUGCCUAACGAAUAGUGUUCCUGGGAUAGGCUCUAGAUCCAUCCUCCCUAAUCCUGACCAGGAUAACGCAGUUACUAAAGAUGAACGAUUCUCUUGCUAUAAAGAAUUCUUAUUAUGUUAUAGAGACUUCUGGUUAGUUCCGUGUGGAUUCGGACAUAGUGCAACAAUCACUGAAAGGAAUGAAAGGCAGUGUAUGUACAGAAUGGUGGUGUGAUGUGAAUAUUUGGGUGCCAUAAUUUAUUGUCACCGCAGUGCUCUCAUUAUGAUGCUUGACACUUAGAACAGACAACCAGCAACACCGCUAUAGCAAAAUGCAUAUAUUUAAUUACCUCACAGCUUUUGAAUCAGAAAUCAACAUGCAAGAAAUAUGCACAACAUGUAUAGGAAAGAAAAAAAAAAAAAAAGAGUACUUUCGACACAUUUGCAGUCAAAACUAAGAGCUUAUAGUAAGAUGAGUUGAUUAUACAGAAAUGCCAGCGUGUAAGAUUUAGCUGUGGCAUUUACAAUUUUUGACCCCUUGCUACAGAAAAACGAUGCUUUUUUAAAAAAAAUUUUUUUUUUUACAUAAAGCAGUGAUCAGACUACAUGUCAAUAAAAUUAGCUCAGUGGAAAAGGCAGUUCACUGAAUGGGAAAGGACGCUGUUCCUGAGACGUGUUUGAUUUUUUUUUAACGCAGGCUUUAUCUUGAUGAAUGAGGACAGGGCUGUUCUCUCUUUUGUUGGUAAAAGAGUAGUACCGUUCAGCACAGUUAUAAAUAAUACUUACAUAUGUUAGGGUUUUUGUGGUACAAAUGUUUUGUUUGUUUGGUUUUUUUUUUUUUCUUGCUUAAUCUUGUUAGCAUCUUGUUAGCAUCUUGUUAGCAUCUUGUUAGCAUGUUGGCAUUUCUGGAUCAUGUAGAUAAAAAAUCACCUCCUGUGGUACGUACAAUCCUAUUACAUCGAUUCAUAAUGCUAACAACCAUAGGGGGGGAA